CUUAGACGGCAUGGGAGACUACGUUCCGUGAUGUAAUUCACCUCAUUAUCUUAAGAAGUAUGUAACAGAAAGUGCACAAAUGAUUCUUUUGAAGUUGUGCACGAAGACUUCUAUCUUGUGUGUAUAUUAAUCUUGGCACGAGUUGAAAGAAUCUGGAGAACAGUUGUGUGUGGUGUUAACGGAGAGCCUCAACCUUGUGUGUUGAACCCCUAAGGCACACCACAGCAAGUCAAUCGUCACAAAUUUUUCAUUGUGGUUAACUGAACAACUUAAAUUACAAAGGCCGUCUCCUACAGUGCCAGCGUAACCCGAAAAAGAAGACACCACUCAGUCACCGCCCUGCCAAAGAGCGUCCUACCAAGCAGACCAAGAAACACUCCCAGAUGCUAGCCUAAAGCCGACCCACUGCCUGCAAAAACGACAAUGGCGCCGCCAGCCACUAGAUGGCUCUGCCUACACCUCCUAUUCCUACUGACUCAUAUUGUGAAAGGACAGCUGAGCGUUGGGGGCGCCGAUUCCUUCCUCAUCGGAGACUUUGAUGUAACUGGGAGUAUAGCAGAAAAUAAUGCCGACUCUCUUAUUAACGCUACUAAUGAUGCUGAGACGACCGAAGAUGCAGAGAGUCACAACGCCCUCACGUCAGAUGAUCUCACGACAACUACUACCAAGCCUGCAGAAGAUACAACCAUUCCAGACUUCGAAGACCUAACAGAUGAACUAGAAGCUACUACAGAUUCUAGUGUUCUUCAUGAUGACAGACUUAACAAGAGAAUGGGAGUUAUGGAAUAUUUCGAGUCUCCCACUGACCUCGAGAUGACGAUAGAUAGUUUCAAAGAAGCUGUAAGCACUACAACUGUACCCCAGCUGACACGCCGCAUUAUAUUCUCUGGAGAAGUAUCACUCACACCAACAGUUCCUGAGCAGUCUGCAGCAUUUACUCGACCGUCAUCAUUAGUUCGUGUUCUCACUGAUGAAGAUGAGUGGUUGCCUAACUGGCCCUCGCAUCUUUUGGAUAAUGGUAGCAGACCAUCACGAAGGCCAACAAUAAGAUUCCCAACUGACCCUCCACCAACUGCAAUUGCUCUUCCUUCAGUUUCUUCUGUUCCACAAGUGCCUUCGAUUUUGCCAUCGUUUACAGUAAGCAAAGUUCCAGUCACACAAUACUUCUUUGAUCUACCUUCAGUUGCCCCAACACCUGUUCCAGGACCUCUGUUUGAUCAAGAUGACCUCAGUUUGUCAGGUUUAGCCUCACCUUCUACUCAGCCCGACUUUAACCGACCGGUUAUUGAACUAUCCUCAAGCAUUUCAGAACUGCAAUCCAGCGCACUUUUUGAAGCUGCAAGACCAUUUACUGUCACCCCCUCACUAUCCAAUUCGCAUUCAUCAAUGUUCGCAGAAGCUGAAGUUACAUUUGUAUCUCAUACUCAAGCCGCUACUCCAGCUACAGACUUUACUCCCUCUUUAUCUUCUGUUAUACCUAACGGGGUAGUAGGGAGUGAAGUUAUUAACCUAGAUGAACUGAAUGGUGAUAAUUUAACAGUCAUUGCUGAUGAAGCCCAAGAUUUGAGCCCACAAACCACGGGACAAAAACCUCCACAGGAUCAUCUAGAUUCUCCUGGAGAUGACGAUUACUACGAGUCCACGACAGCCGGUGACAUUUCUGUUGAUGAAUCUACUAGCACUGACUCAGUGUUACCAGGUAUAGAUGAUCUACAACUUGUCUCUUCUGCCACCACCACUUCUCGAACUCCAUCCAUCCCUGCUAGUGGCAGUGGGCUAGUAACAACUACAAGAACAAAUGCCCUGGGUAGUGUAAAGCCAACUUUUAUACGUACUUCGCAGGCUGCAAACUCCUCUAGAACCCCCUUGUGGAUGCUUUUAUCGCAGUCAUCGCCUUCUCGAACUGUAAAUACACAGCCAUUAAGCACGCAGCGAACAUCUUCAGCCAUUACCCCAGCUUCCAAUACCAUUACUGCUUUUGUCACUUCCAGAUUUCCCAACGACGCGAGUAUAACUGAAGCAUUAGAAUCGGAAGUCUCCUCAGCUCCUACCCUUACUCCCUCCACACUUAGCACUGAGGACAUACUCGAGACUUUCGCACAGUCACCAACAACCAGUUUAAAUGAUUUUAGUGUCCAGCCCACACUCGAAAGCGACAGCUUAACAGAUGUAAUUUUCACUCCUUAUCCAGAGGAAUCAAUAUACACCACUCCUAAUCUUGCCUCAUUGUCUAUCUUUCCUACAGAAGACAUUACAGAUUACUUUACUUCUAAACCUCUUGUUACCGAGAGUAUAGAAAUAGCCUCAAGUGAUGCUAUAAAUUUAGAUACCGAAUUUUCAAAGAGUAAAAUUCCAUAUUCUUCACAAACAAUAUUUCAACCAAUAUCUUUGGUCAGUCUGACAGAAGUAAAUGAAGUGACACCUCUGACUGAUAGUGCCACUUGGACGCCUGUUUUGGAAUCAACAGAAAACACUAUUCAGAGUAUGCCAGUAGCCUCUUUAACUCCAAUAACACUUAUUACUGCAAAUGUUUCUCAUAUGUCCCCAGAAAUGACUGGCGGUUUUACACCAAUUAGGAGUGAAACUAUUCAGCCUAGUAUUUUUACUGAAAAUAGUGACAUAUUGCCUGAUAUUAGCAGCAUUCCUUUCCCAAUUUCUAUCACUGCAUUAGUUGAGAGCACUGCCACACACACUGCACCAUUUGAUGACUUCAGCACAGAAAUUGCACCCUCUACUUCUGUCUCUGAUUUCUUUGCUACCUCUAUUGAGCAGGAAAAUGGCCGCGAGUCAGAGAGUGCCAUGCUUAGUGAACCUUCGGUUCUAGAUGAAUAUUUAACCUCUAGUGUUAUUGAAAAUUAUGAAGUUGAAUCUUCUCCUAUUGCUUUCCCUACAGCAGAUUACACCCCUUUGAAGAAUGAACAUACCUCCAUACCCCUGGUUACAGCAUUCACAGAACUUGUAUCAACCUCUCCCUCAAGCAGUUCUGCUGUUUCUGAGGAAAAAUCCUCAGUGGUAGAGACAAACCCUGAACCCACUAUUAUAGUAACAGAAAAACUACCUUCUUUCCCAACUAUGUUUGUUCCAGAAAUAUUCCCAAGCUCUUCUGGCAUACCAGUUUCAGUUACCCCAUCAGCAACAGAUAUAACAAGCAAAUCUUCAUUACCCCCACUUGCUUCUGUCUUGCUAGAGUCCUCGGAAUCCACAAUUACCCAUGAUAUCCCCAUGUCCUCAGCAUCUGUAGCUACUCUCCCCACUUCCUUCGCUAGCUCUAACUUGGACUCACAAAUAUUGGUUGCCCCGACAGCCAUAGGUGUCGCCACUGAAAGUUCCACACAUGUACAUCUAGAAGAACCCAUUGAAGGUACUGAAGGUGGCACACAUGGAGAAUCUCCUGAGAAGGAAUCGACAACAGUGGAAAGGUCAUCUUCCUCGUCAACAUCUGGCACUCCCACACCUGUAACAGUGAAAUCUCCAAUGUCUACUACUACAGCAACAAAGACAAGCACAACUAAAGUCACAAUCCCACAAACCACCACCACCACCACCACAGCAGUUCCCACAACAUCCUCAAGUGAAGUGCCCAUCUUUAUAACCCCAACCGAGACAACACCAUCUCUCACUACAUUAGAAACACUCUCAAAUGGUACUGUGGUAAAGUGUCAGCUUCCUUUCAUCAGGGCUCUUGUAGCUUACAGUAAUGGAGAAUUCUGUCACCACAAGAAAAACUUCCGUUCACUGCUUUCACAGUGGAUUAGUCGGCAUCUGGAAGGAAAAGUGUAUGUGGAGCCUCAUGAAAUUGAGUUUUUCAACAUGCCAGAUUGCAGUGUGCAUAAACCAUCAUCUGUUGAACACAGUCAUCCUCAAUCUGAAGUCAAUAAAACAAAUGUGUACUUCUACGUCACUAGUGCUGGCAAAAUCAACCCUAAUCUCACUAAACAAUUUCCACUUUUUCCAAUGGACAUCAAAAUUAGUGAAGACCUGACCUACCUGAAACCGAAGGUGUCACAGUUGGAGUUGAUGACAGCUAAGCACGAUGAUCGUGGUCCUACAAACACCAAUCCCUUACAAGAAAAAGAGGCUUCAGUUGGCACCUCCGCUAUUGUCAUCAUUGUUAUCUGCAGCAUUGUUGGUGUUACAGUUAUUGCAGCUCUUCUCUUCUUUUGCUUUCCUUACGUUCUUAAGAUGGUCGUCAAGAGACGAGGCUCUACAAACAACUAUUAUGGGCGUCGAUGCACACCUGUCAGCAUGGAUGCCUACAGUAUGGACAGUGUUUCUGUAUAUCGCUCCUUUAGACGUAAGAGCAAGAGACGAGCUUCUGGCAGAUCUGUUAAGUCUUACUUAAACCAGGCCUUUGAUGAUCCAAAUGGCCCCACACGCCUCCUGAACUUUGCCAAGCUUACUCACUUUAUCUCUGACAUCGAUGGUGUAUAUGAAGAGUUUGGAACUAUUCCGGUGAAUAUGCCAAAAUAUGACGAGUUACCAUCAGGUGUAGAAGAUAAAAACAGAUAUGCAAAUGUUAUACCAGUGCCAGAAACUAGAGUAGUGCUGAAAUUGCCAAAGGAUUCACACAACUCUGAGUACAUCAAUGCCAACUAUGUGAGAGGUGCCAGGAAUGAAUCCAAGUACUAUAUUGCAACACAGGCUCCUUUGGAUGACACUGUAGCAGACUUUUGGAGAAUGAUUUGGGAGCAAGAAACAAAGGUGGUAGUGAUGCUUACGGAUUUUGUAGAGAAAGGGAUUGACAAGUGUGCAGACUACCUGCCACCAUCAGAAACACUAGAUUGCCACAGAUUAUAUGGAGAUUUCCAGGUGACCCUCAAAUCUAGAGAUAUGAGAGAAAAAUUUGUGGUUUCAAAUGUUCAACUCAAGAACCUGGAGAAUAACUUAGUCCGUGAGGUGGCCCAUAUGUGGUUUACUGGAUGGCCAGCAUCAGGCGUUCCUAAUGAAGAGACAGCAUUUAUAUCUUUUAUUCUUGAUGUGAGGAGGACACGUAAAAAGCUCAGAGCCAAGGGACCUAUACUUGUACAUUGCAGCCCAGGAACUGGCCGUACAGGUACAUUUUUGGCAUGUGACAUUGUUAUGAGACAGUUUGAGGACCAACGCAGUGUAGAUGUUCCUAGGACAGUGUAUUCUAUCAGAAGAGACCGAGCAGGUGCUGUUCAGACUAAGGAGCAGUAUGCUUUCAUCUACAGAGUAAUCAAUCUAUACGCAUCUAAGCUUACAUCGGGCAACCUGGACUCUCUCUAGUGAAGUAAUUCUCCUUCAUCAUUUAUCUGACAAAACAUAGGUCCUGUUAUUCCUAGUUUUCUUGUACAUGUUGCACUUUAAAUGAUAAUCAUAAAAUACAUUGACAAGUAGGUGCCUUUCACUCAACAAAAGUGCAAUACAAGUCCUAUUUCUCAAAUUGCCUGUUAUGCAUUAUCAAUACAGUACUAUGAGAGUAUACAUGUGUAUAUAACAUUAGAUCUACAGUUUAACUGUAGCAAGUGUCAUGAUUAUGUAGUUAUGUUCGUCACGGUACUGUGACUACUGAAAAUAAGACAAUCAUGUACAAACAAGAAAAAGAUAUUUAGUACAUAAAUAUUUAUUGUGUAUUUUUAUAAAAAUAAU